CUCGAGGCGUCGCAGCUUUGGAUUUUCAAAAUAUGUAAAUGGAAAAAUGUUAAAAUUUUUAGUAUGAAAAUCGUAAGAAAAUCAAAAAAAAAAAAUUAUUAGUUGAUCAAUAGAGGAAGUUUUCAAAGGCCUCAAGCUGCAGCAGCCAGCGCCUCCAAUUACGUCGUCUUCUCCAUCCGACGCCGCUGCUCAACUAGUACCACCGGCCCCGGUUUUGGUUUCCCCUACUCCUCCAUCUUCGGCAGCACCACCAGCGCCGCCGCCGCCUCCACCGCCUCCACCGUCAUCAUUGCUGCCAAGAGCACGAGCCACGCUACUUGACGCCUUGCUGUCCCAACCAUCAACAUCGGCACGCGCGCCCAUUCGACUACGGACCAACGGUAUGCAGGGACUAUCGGAGGCGACGGCCAUACGCUUAUUCAACAGCGUUGUGGCAACUGGACAGCUGGCUGGUCCCCCAACGACACUCAAUGCUGCGCCACUGACGCCAGUCAACGCCGUAAACGACUGCAAAUCGGUAACGACGAUACAGUCAUCAAAUGAAUUUGGGAAUUCUUGUCGCAUUUGUCGUUGCAAUCGAAGUGACGUACAGCUGUCACGUUGCCCUUGCCAGUGUCGCGGCAGUGUGGGUUUCGUACAUAUACCGUGUCUGAAGCGUUGGAUUUUGCAUCGACGAGACACGCAUUGUGAAAUUUGCAACACCCCUCUCGAUAUACCGGAUGAGAAGUUGAAUCUACGCCGCAUGUUCGGCGCACUAUUCUCGACGCGUUGUGGCGGUGCGAUCAUGAAGCAUUUGCUGUUUAGCAUUUCCCUACUGCCGCUGGCUCAUGUGGUGCUACAACAGGUGCUCAUCUGUAUGGACAAAAUUAAUGCCAGUCCCAACGAGCAGCUGACUGUGCAAGAAGUGGUGGUGGCGUCGUGUGCGCUCUUAACCUCAAGUACACUCUUCUUCCACUUUUUCGAAUUUAUAACAACUCGUUUCCUAUUCGUUCGCAAUAUUCUGCAUCAGUGGUGGAUGUUUGGAAAUCAGGAGAACUUCACUGUAAUAGAAGUCGACAGCGAAUAUUUUGAUGUUUUUUUGAGUACAAUAACAAUUUUAAUUUCAAUUAUAAGACAUAACAAAAUGUUCGAAACAAUAUAUAAAAUAUACAUUAACGAAGCAUUCUUUAACACCAAAAAGCUGUUGUAUUCUAUGUAUAUAAUUUUUUUAGCAUAUAAGGCGGAUGUCGCCACCGGUGCGUAUGAGCAACACACGGCUGCCAUUUUAAAUAAUUCAGCUAAGAAGUAG